AUGGGUUGUGUAUGUGCGUUUGUGGUGUUGCUGGACGGGUCAGCUGCCGAGGUAAAAAAUAGUGUUAUAUCGGUGUGGGACUUAGAUCUGUUAGCGCUCCGCGGGUGGUCCUGGUGGACACCGGUCAAUUUUGAUUUGUUAAGAGGGGUGGUGCUAAAGACUAUUACGGACGAAGUAUUGCAGUAUACACCUCUGUCAUCGUCAGAAGACUACUUUAUUACAAGCAGCUUCUCUUUCAAGAUGGAACCUUAUGUAAGGGGGAAGCUGUCUUUUGAAGACCCAGAAAUUGAGAAGAAUCGUCACGGCGUCACACCACGGAUGCUGGAGGUCUACGACUACCUUACUUUGAAACUGGAUGCAAUUUACAAUGGCCGACCGCGAGCAGUUCCUCGAUUGUAUAGUAAAGAGUGGAACGUCCAUUAUUCAAAAAUUCGUCUUGACGAUAGAAAACGAGAUGAUAACGACAACGACGACGCUGACGAAAAACGUUCUAGAAAGCGUAUGCAACGAAUUGAAAGGCCAGAAAAACAGAAGAAAAUGAAGUUUGGUCGUGAUCGAGAUUAA